AGGAGCAAAUAAAAUAGAUGCAGCAAACCUGCUUUGUUGAUUGUUAAAAUGGCUGCUAUGCCAAGCCCAACCGCCAUCCCUCAUUGAAUUUGCUCCUUUUAUUGACUACAAUCUCAUUUGACUAAACCUCUCACCGUUUAUAAUCUGAUAUAGUAAAAUUGAGAAAGUCCUUUUAGAAACAUUCGGUUAAUAUCCAAUUCCGCUGUUUACAAUUUCUGUACGUUGUUCGUAUUUUGAAAACGCUCAGCUUCGAAAUUAGCUUGUUUGGUUGUGUAGACCUUAAUACCAUUCAUUUAGUUAAAAUUCCAAAUGAACUCUUGAGACCUGAAACGAUUUAUUACUUUUCAGAUAAGGAUUUGACUUGUUUACAGUUACAAUUUGGACAGAAGCAGAUAUCACACCAAGGUUCGGCCACCAAAGUGGAAAUUUUCAAAUUCGAUUGUAGUGAAGUUAACUAGUUGGAUUCAUUUUGUUAAUUACUAGUUUGCCCGAUUAUUUGCACUGAUUCGCUUCCCAUAUGUCUUAAUGUCACGAGUUCAAUGCCGCUGAAGGAACCUUUAUUUGUUGGUAAAGAUGAUUUGUAGGAUCUAUGUUUUCCUUUCUUAAUUUACUUUUCAAAGUAACUCGUUUUAGCUAUAGUCAAUAUCUACCAAAUAGACUAAGCUCUGAAAUUAUAUUGCAGUUUUAUCAAAUGAUUAGCCUUGUUACACUACAUCGUGCAAUAUUUAAUCAAAUUUGAUAACGAAUAGUGGAAUCUAAAUAGUCGUAUGGACAACGAAAACCAAGUAUCGGCAGAGCCAAUACAGACUUAUCUGAGCAAUGGCGGAGAUGAAUUGUCUGCACCAGAUAUGGUUGUCAAUUGGCAUUCAGAUGAAAAAAUAGAUGCCAAAAUUACCAAAUCAGAAAACGCUUCUUCCGAAAUAGCAGACUCAGUUGUGAUUUCCGAAACGGCAAACCAUAAAAACGGUGAGCCAACAGAAAACAGUUAUGUCGAAUCAAAGCCGAAUGGGAGACACUCGCCCGAAGAUCAGCCAGAUUCAGCAAUGACGUCUGAAUCGUUGCAAAAACCAGAUAACCAGCCUUUUGCAGUCCAGAUGACCACUUCCACUACGACCAAAGUCACUGUUACACAAGCUGAUUCGAAUGAAGAGCCUAAGGUUGAAGAAAAAGCUGAAACGAAGACAGAAUACGUGACAGAUGCAUUGACUGUGAAUGGGAGGAUAAGGUCAGCUGGUGGGGAUAUAGAGGGGGAGAAUGACGAAGAGGAGGAACCAGCAGUGGCUCUUUCCCAGGAGGAGGAACAGCUGCUGGAGAAGCUCAAAUACCAGCCCUUUUCUGUCGCUCAGGAUAUAGAGAACUUGACCCCAGAGCAGCGAGAAAAAAUAAAUAUGUAUCAGCGAAGAGAGAGUCUGGCCAGAGCGAACUCGCUCAAGCGCCAAUCUCCUAUUGGCAAGAGACCCAGUGAUUCAUCUCAAGGCCGUCGCAGCAGCGACUUUGCAGCGGCCAACGGAGAACAAGUCUCAACCAGUAUAGCCGAAUCAAAACCAGCAGUCCAAACAUCUCAAUUUUUGGAGUCUAAUGUCGGAACGACUAUGCCAGUAGCGGAAAUUCGAAUUGCCGAGAAAGAGCAGAACGUUAAAGGAGAAGCAAAAGCAGACGAUCCGAAGGUUGAAGCCGACAAGAAAGAGAACGAGCCUGCAUCUGAACAGGAGAAAAUAGAUAUAGAUUCUGAAAUGUAUAAACAGAUGAAGUUCUUCACGCCCAAGCCUUACCAUGUGUCGCUGAGCACUGACAAUUCCACCCAUGAUUUCAGGCCUCACAGCACAUUAACCCCUAAUAUGAGCGAAGUGAGAAACCACCAACCUCAGCGAUACUCCACUUUACCAUCUACCAACUACAGCAAAAUGGCAAGUGCGGGAGACUUGAUCUCGCCCUCAGCUGAGAACCUGAAACUGGAUCGAUCCCAGAGUGUCAAGACCCAGCAAGACACUGAUAAGAUGAGACAGCAUGUCUACGAGUUGAGGAUGAAGUUUUUGGGACAGGAAAUUCCAGCAGUUUAUCCCUACAAACUGUACAUAGAUGGCGAAGGAACAGACGAAAAAGACAUGGUUGAUGACGAAAUUACAGAAGCGAAAAAGUCUAAUCAGGUCCAAGCAGGGAACCCGAAUGCGCUGCAGAAGACUAAAAAGUCGACAGACAAAGACGCGAAAAAGAACCAAAAAGAGAAAGAAGCAGCGUUGAAAGACAAAACCGCUGGGCCCAAACAAUCUUCGAACCCAUUUUACAAACUCCUAUGCGGAGGCGGAAAAUCGAAAGAAUACGAAAAAGAAGAGAAAUACUAAAUAAGAAAACUGAUUUUUAAAAAAAACUAUAAUUACAACUGAUAUCACUUCCAACUUCCAUUUUAGAUUAUUUAUGAAGAGAAAAAAAUAGAAUCGUACUAUUAUCUGCACUGCCGAUAAACAGCGUGCGGGUUUGAUUUUAUUUUGGUUGUAUUCGGAAAUUUGGUGACAGACAAUUUUGGUGUGUAGUUUCUUGAGAUGAUAUAAUCAUCUUUUAAGUCAAUUUCGCCUUUUAACUCAGUUUUCUAUUUUUGAGUGCAGUAAUUAUUGUUUUAUGGCAUUAAGACUCUUUCAAAUUUGCAAAUCAAAAUUUGUUGGUUUCAAUUUUAAAUAUCGGUUAGUCUUGCAUAAUGUUUUUCAUCUCGAAUAAUAUGUUUAGCUACUAGUUUAUUUUC